UGUACUUGCUCUGUCAGUUCGCUCCGCCCAUGUUUGUCGUGAAAACCGAAAGCAAACUCGAAUUUGCAGAAAUGCUUCAGAUCCUUUAAGAAGGGUCUGUUAUGUUAAGGGAAAUAACCGGGUGACGACUUCGUCUCAUUUUCUUUCUGGUUUAAAAAGUUUUAAGUGAAGCAGUGGUUGCUGUGAGUUUCUUGCUCUGUGAUUGACUGACCUAUCAAGAAGAUGGCCUCCAUCAACAAGCUGCACUUCUCCGAGUUGCGAGACAGUGCUGCACUCUCCUUGUCUGCUUUUCCAGGCAGGGACAUACAAGAGGCCUUGAGAGAAAUGACUGAAGUGUCCCUGCCUAUUUCGGAGAAGUAUCAGAAGAUCGAUGCUGAAAGCGUAAUCCGUAUUAACAAGAUGGUUUUACCAGGGCUCUCAACAGCAUUCAACAUACUUGAGAAAUAUGGACGCAAUUUGAUGAAUCCGAACAAACCAAAGUACUGGAGAACAGUUAAGUUUAAUAACCCUGUCUUCAAGACUACAGUUGAUGCAAUUCAGGGAGGACGAGAUGUACUGCGACUAUAUGGUUACACCCAGGAGCAAAAAGAUGGACUGAGCUUUCCUGACACAGUGGUUGAACCAAAUGUGGCAUCUGUGGCUUUGGUGACUCUUGAAGUAAUGAUGCUUAGAUUAGAGUUGGACUUGUUAAUCAAGGGUAUACAUCCAAACCCUGAUGCUUUUGAUCACCUUAUUGAACAAGAAAGUGUUCAGACAACACCAUUUGAUAAGAAUGUCCAUGAAUUGAAAACCUCUAUAAUUAGUUUGUCAGAACAGACGGACGUGGAAUUCAAAAAGCUGCCUACACCUCUUCACACUAGUGGUCUGUCUCUAAAUGCAACAAUAUUGGAAACUAGAAGUCCAGGUGAGUGCAGUGUUUGUGGAGUUAUUCCUGAAGUAUCUUGUUCACCAUGUGGGGCAAAGCUGUUUUGCUACAAAUGUGACAGUGUGUUUCAUCGACAUCCAGUAAGAGCUGAUCACCAAAGGGAGCCAAUUGUAGAUCGUCAAAACAGUUGUACUCUUUGUGGCAUUGACAGAGUUUCUGCAUAUUGUGGAAGCUGUGAACAGUGGCUAUGCUUAGAAUGUGAUGAACGAUACCACAUGCACCCUAGCAGGACUGGACAUCAGCGAUAUCCAGUAAUUAACAACAUGAUUCCUCCUGGAGGGUCCAGUUUCAACACUAGCGGUUCUUUAUUCACAAAUAUCUCAUCCAGCCCACCUAAAGUACUCCAACUCAAAAACCAGGAACUUCAGCAGCCUAUGUUUCCAAUCCAGGGUCUGGGUGCCUCACAGCAAAUAAGUGGUGUGAGUUUUUCCCAGACUCCAUCACUGCUUACACCAUGGCAAUGCUCAGCAUGCCCAACACUCAAUGAAGGAAGGUCCGUGCUGUGUGUCAGCUGUGAGCGCCCAAGAGCCUGCAAGACAGCACCUCCAAAUCGACUAGAUUCCAGUAUGCACAAUUCUUUAGGCACUUCGCGAUUCCAUGUUCAGGAAUGGAGCUGCCAGGCCUGUACCAUGCUAAACUCAGGUUCAACUGUACUGUGCCAAGCUUGUGAAAGACCACGUUUAUCAUCCAAGCCUCUAACUCCAUUAUAUGAAAAACCUGCAGAAACAUUACCAUCUGACAUUAAGAAUGGUUGGUCUUGCUCUCAUUGUACAUUUUGGAACAUAAAGCCUGGACGAAUCUGUGUUAUGUGUGACAGAACUAGCCAAGACACAGUCCUUUCUCUACCUGAAUCCUUGUCAUUUUCUCAAGACAAUUUGGCCACAGGGAAAAAGCAAGACUUGCCCUCUACUUUGCACUCCUCUUCAAAAAAAACACCACCUUCAAGACCUGCAGCAUCUUCAAUGAGUAAUGCAUUUUAUGGUCAAGAUGAGGCUGAUAUUCAACGACAAGAGAAUAUGAAGACUGAGGGCCUCAAAUUAGUGACAAUGAUUAGGGAAGGAGAGUCACGGGGAGUAAGCCCUGAAGAGGUUUUUGCUGCAGUGCAGUAUUCAGGAACUGACAAGCCUUCUGACUGGCUGGCCUCAGAAUUGCCCCUAGUGCUUGAUACAUUAAGUAAACUUGCUGCUGUUAAAAUGGAAGAUGCAAGGUUGUCACAGCAGGAGUCAGUUUCAUUCUGGAUUGAAGCUGGAGGAGACCUGGAGAAAGCAGUGAAAAAUUCAGUUGCAGCACGAAAAUCUAAGAUUCAUGAGAUCCAAACUUUAGGAUUUCACAAUGAGAAGGAGAUUAUAACAGCCUUGCAAGUUAAUGGUGGAGAUGUUUCUAAAGCAGUGAUAGAGCUUCAGCGGCACUUGCUGGCUCCUUUUCAUGAACGCAUUUGGCAGGAAGAUCCGGACUUUAACUUUCAUGUUGAACAUAAUGACAGGCAGAGAGUUCUUCGGCGUAUCCUUUCAGUUUUUGAGUUGCCAAGUUGGGGCAGAGCUGAAUUAGUAUUAAGCCUCAUGUUGGACAGGAAUGCAUCAUACAGCUUGGAAGAUGUUGUAUAUGCAGUAAGGGAAUCACCUGACAAAGAUUUCAUCAAGAGAAUGUUGGCAAAAGAUUGUCCUAUAUGUUUAUCACAAUUCCCUCAGAACAGAAUGCAAGCCCUCACCUCUUGCCAGUGCAGCAUCUGUAAUGAAUGUUUUCAGCAACAUUUUACAAUUGUGGUUAAAGAAAAAAACAUCAAGGAUAUGGCUUGUCCUGUGUGUGAAAAACCAGAGAUCAAUGAUGAGUCUGAGCUCAACAGCUACUUUUCUACACUGGAUAUUCAGUUACGGGAAUGUCUAAAUCCUGAUGUUUAUGAACUCUUCCAUAAGAAGCUGACAGAGAGAGCACUAAUGAAAGAUCCAAAAUUCCUCUGGUGCUGUCAUUGUUCAUAUGGUUUUAUUUAUGAUGGGAAUCAGUUGAAGGUGACUUGUACGCAGUGUAGGAAAAGUUUCUGUGCCCAGUGCAAGAAGCCAUGGGAGGACCAGCACCAGGGUCUGAGCUGUGAGGACUUUCAAAGCUGGAAGCGAGAAAAUGAUCCAGAAUAUCAACGAGAAGGGCUAGCUGGAUAUCUGAAGGAGAAUGGCAUUCACUGCCCCAACUGUCGGUUCUGCUAUGCACUGUCCAAAGGUGGAUGUAUGCAUUUCAGGUGUACACAGUGUCGGUAUGAAUUCUGCAGCGGUUGCAAUAAUCCAUUUUUGAAGGCACCCUGUCCUGUGCAGAACUGUCCAUUGAAGAAUGGUCUGCAUGCACACCACCCCCGUGACUGCCUGUCCUAUUUACGUGACUGGGAUGUUGAGAAGCUACAGAGACUCUUACAGACAAAUAAAGUUCCUUUCAACACUGACCCACCACCUGGAUCUCAAGCAGGUCACUGUCGUGUAAUGGAACAAAAGGAAACUCCUGAAAGACUUGUGGAUGAGCCUUGUGGAAAAGACCCACCAGAACACCAUGCUGGACUCUGUAUUAAUCACUACAAAGAGUAUUUAGUUAGUCUAAUAAAUGGAUUUUGGUUGGAUCCAGCUCCAUUUCUCAGUCUAGAAGAACUUGUAGCAGCCUGUAAAAGAUACCAUGUUGAGAAUACCAAACUUGAGGGUGAGGAUGACAAGCAGUACAUUAUACGUCUUCGACAAAAGCUAAUGGAUGAAGUUCCUCUGGGAGAUAAAGUCCCUCGCAGAAAGUAGUAUCUGCAUCAGUAUGAAGGCAUUAAAAUUCUGAAUCUGUGGAUUCUCAUAACUUGUAAUGCACCUACACUGUGUCAGGUUGUGCUGCUUACUGCCUUCUGCAUCCACUCUUGUGGUUGUGUCACAAACAUCUCAAAUUCAGCCUGCGUUGGGCCUUCUGUGAUUGGCUGGCCAGGAUUUGUACAGUGUGGUGACUUAAUGAGAUGGUCACCUUCCUGUAUUGUACUCUGUAGGUGUUAGUAAAAAUCGGCAUUGCAUGUAAUGAUUGAAUUUAAAAGUGCUGCAGUAAUUGAUCAAAAGUGGAAUAUAUGAUUAUCUCCCUGGGUGUUAAGUAUUACUAUCUAAAGUGCAAUUGAUAGGGUGCCUACGGCAUUAGUGAGAUGAACACCUCACUGCAGUGUUAAUGCCACCUAUUUGAGCUGAAGGUAAACUUUUUAUAAGGCUCAGGAAAGACAUGGGUUUAAUAAUCACCCUGAAACGUAUACAAAUUAGGUUUUGUUUUCAAUCAGGCUACCAGACUCUAGACACCAAAAUUGACAUACUGAAUAUAUUGACAUACUGGGUAAAUUAUGUAUGGGCAAAAGUUCGGAUAAAGUGUAACUUGUUAUUUUGUAUAACUCAUAAUUGUUGAUCAGGUUGAAAAUUCUAAAGAUGUUUUGUUCAGCUUAAAAUAAAUAAAGCAAACAAUGGUUGUA